GAAAAAUACCAGCCCUCUUCCUCUGUAAGCUCAGCAGAGCAUAGAGACAGUCUGGAGGCUGAUAAAGUCAUCGGUUCAGACGGGGGCAUCUGCUUAAUAGUUCCCAGCAAAGAGGCAAGUAAGAUCUUCUGAGGAUUUUGGAUCAAACCUGUGAAAUCUCUUUCCACCCAUCAGCAACGGCCAACAGACUCCAUCACUGAAUAUAUAUGGCUGAUAUUUGUCCAUCCAACAAAUAUCCAGGAGUAGAACUGACAGCCUAAGGACACACUCUCCAAGCCUUUCCCAUUUCUGCAUGACUUAUUGGUACAACUGUCCACACUGCAUGUUGGUGACUACCCUCAGUUGAUAUGGAGGCAACCGCAAUAUACAACUUAAAGACCUCAGAAAGGGAUGAGCUGCCAUUUAACAAAGGGGAUAUUAUAAAGAUUCUCAACAUGGAAGAUGACCAAAACUGGUUUAAAGCAGAACUUUUUGGAAGAGAGGGCUAUAUUCCAAAGAACUACAUCAAAGUGAAGCCCCAUCCGUGGUACGCGGGCAGGAUCUCCCGGCAAGUGGCAGAAGAGAAGCUUCUGAGACAGAAUUUCGUUGGAGCCUUUCUUAUCAGAGACAGUGAGAGUUCCCCCGGAGACUUCUCCAUCUCUGUCAACUAUGGGCACCACGUGCAACAUUUUAAGGUUCUGAGAGACGAUGAGAACAAAGGCAAAUACUACCUGUGGGAGGCCAAAUUCAACUCCUUGAACGAGCUGGUGGACUACUAUAGAAGAUACUCGAUUGCCAAGUACCACCAGGUCUUGCUUUGUGAUGAAGAUGAGAAGAGAAAAAUACGCUACGUCCAAGCUCGUUAUGACUUCACCCCAGAUCAACCCACAGGGCUUUUAUUCAGACGAGGAGACAUCAUCGAGGUGGUGGACUACUCAGAUCCACACUGGUGGAAAGGGAGGAUCUCUGGAAUGACCGGCAUGUUCCCACAGAACUAUGUGCAUCCAAUCCACGUUAAUCAAAUGUGAACUGUCAAUAUUUUAGUGUCGGGUUGUUAUGUAUAGAUGACUCAAACAUGCCUGAAUUCUCUAUAAGACAUUGUAACCUCCUGCUAUAUCCCUUGGGAUGGAAAUUCUUGUAUUAUUUGUUAUUUUUGUGUUGUGAUAUGUCACUCUCAGAAUCUAUGCCUGCUGUACAAUAAAUUAUAAGUAAUGAUAAAGACGUGGAGUAUCUGGCUCCUUGAUAA